UGUGGUCUUUGGUAUAAAGAUACGGCUUCAAAAAUGGAUUCAUGUGAUGCUUCAAACCAGGGAUACGCAAAAAGAGAAGAAUUAGUAAAGGAAAGUCAAACUAUUGAAAUGAUUGGCCAUAUACAUGCUGAUAUUUUUAAUCAAGACAAGUUUUUAAUCAAUGGUGUUGAAAUGCGUCUAAAACUCGUACGUUCUAAAGAUAGUUUUAAUCUUAUGUGUUCAUCUAUAGAUAGUAAAUUCAAAGUGCAUAUAUCUAGUGCUAGCCUUAUAAUGCGUAAAGUUCGGAUCAAUCCUAGUGUAUUAAUUGCACAUGAAAAAGUGUUAGCUACUACAACUGCAAAAUAUGAUUCAGCUGAAAACUAUAGAAACAGGAAAUCAAAGUUUUCUUUUAAUGUCCAGGUAGCUUGUGACAGCCAAUUGAGAUGUCUAAAUAUUGUUGCAAGAUGGCCUGGAUCUGUACAUGACCAGACUAUUUUUAAUAACUCUUCACUGAAACAGAAAUUUGAAAGUGGAGAGUUUGAAAAUGGCUUACUUCUUGGGGACAGUGGGUAUGAGUUGAAGCAAUACCUUUUGACACCAUUUUUGAACCCAUCAUCAGCUGCAGAAAACUUAUAUAACGAAUCACACAUUAGAACUCGAAACACCAUAGAAAGAUGUUUUGGGGUGUGCAAAAAUAGAUUUCCUGUCCUGAGGCGACAGGACACAUUAAAAUUAAAUAAAGUUCAACCGAUAAUAGUUGCCUGUUUUGUACUUCACAACAUUGCUAUUGAUACCAACGAAACAGACUUUGGAGAUAAUAAUGACUUCGAUGAUGAUGUACAUAUAAUUGAGGAUGCUGUGACACCAAGUUUACAAUUUGGUAAUAAUCCAAGAAGCAGACUAGUGCAACAAUAUUUUUUACCAUUACUUAACAAAAAUGCCAUACACAAUCAGAUAACUCAUGAAUAAAACACAUCAUAAUUAAACUCAGUGAAAUACCAGGACUG